CUCUCAAAAUUAAAUCACUGACCUUUGAGAAUUUAGUGACCAAACAAGUACUUGUCCUCAAGACACAUAUCUAAGUGUGCACUCCUUUACAUGAAGCUUUUCCACUCUGGUAAAGAUGCCCAAGAACACGGCAAGUACCAAGUGAAUGAGCCAAAAUUAUAUAACCUACCUAAAGAAUGAAAAGCUGGAUUGUACUGCUGGCUAUUGUAGUCAGCACAGCAGAAACAGAAGAACAGGCUGUCUGUACCCAAGGGUAUCCCGGCAUCCCUGGCAAUCCUGGGCACAAUGGCACACCUGGCCGUGAUGGACGCGACGGUUCAAAAGGCGACAAGGGGGAUACAGGUGAACCAGGAGUUCCUGGCUUUCCAGGGAAAGAUGGUGCCAAUGGAGAGAAAGGUGAACAAGGAGCCAAUGGGACUGUUGAAGAGAAGGGGAACAAAGGAGAUAAAGGAGAAAGAGGACGACCUGGCAAACUGGGGCCAAAAGGAGUUAUAGGGUCAGUGGGUUACAAAGGUCAGAAGGGAGAGCUGGGACUGCAAGGACAAAAGGGGUUAAAAGGAGACAUUGGACCCAUUGGUCCAAAAGGGUCAAAGGGUGAAAUUGGCCAUCCUGGAAGAGUUGGUUUCCCAGGGCCAAUUGGCCCAACUGGUAAUCCAGGUCCUAAAGGCAAUAUUGGAGAUAUAGGGCCACAGGGUAAUCCAGGAGUUCAGGGGGAAAGAGGCUUGAAAGGAGACAGAGGAGAAAAGGGGAACGUAGGUGCCCCAGGAGUCCUGCCAAGGAGUGCUUUCAGUGUUGGCCUUACAGUUGCCACCAAAUUUCCCCCUCCAAAUCGCCCAAUCAAGUUUGACAAGGUGCUGUAUAAUGGUCUCAAUGACUUCAACCCAGUUACUGGCAAGUUCACCUGCAAAUACCCUGGUGUUUACUAUUUCACCUACCACAUCACUGUCUACUCAAGGAACGUCCGAGUAGCUCUAGUUAAGAACGGCAUCAAGAUGCUGCACACUGUGGACAGGUACCAGAGUGGAGAGGACCAGGCCUCAGGAGCUGCCAUCCUGGAGCUGCAGGGAGGAGAUGAGGUGUGGCUGCAGGCUCACCCAGGGGAGACUUUCAAUGGGCUAUUUGCAGACGCUGAUGAUGAUACCACCUUCUCUGGGUUUCUCCUGUUCAGCACCUCUGACUCGCUGGAGCCACUGCCAUUGCCCACCACGUAACUUCAUACUAUCUGUGAAUGCUGUAUGUCUGUGUCCUUCAGCCCUCCCUAAUAAAGUUGUUAUCUGCU